GUACCAGGGCACCGUGUACUAGUGUGUUACUGCGUACUGUGUCUCGGAGAGGAAAUCUCGCAGUCUUGCGACCGGCGAGCGCCUGCAUCGCUCCAAUUUUCCAAUUCCGCAUAAUACGUGAUAAUCAUCAGCAUCCGUCCCACUUCGUGACACUUUAAACUAAGAUAACAAAGUUUUCUGAUGCCAAGAUGGACGUGGAAGCCGCUCGAGAUGAUAUUAGUGUCGAAGAUGGAAGUUUUAUUGUUUACACCGAUAUAUUUUACACAGUUAAACUAUCAAGGAGCAUUUGGCGAAAGAAACCAGCUGUAACAGAAGAUAAUAUCCAUGAUCCAAAUGUCAUACUCCGGGGAGCAUCUGGUGCCCUCAGACCUGGGCGGAUGACAUUCAUCCUAGGACCUUCGGGAGCCGGCAAGACCACACUACUCAAAAUCUUGGCUGGAAGAAAAAAGACAGGUGUAACAGGGUGUUUGUACGGUGCAGGUCGUAGCUCAGUGCUGGUAGCUCAGGAUACGACGGUCAUCGACACCCUUACGGCUGGAGAGACACUGCGGUUUGCUGCCAGGCUCAAGCUGCCUAAUGUGUCGCAGAAGGAAAGAACAAAUGCGAUCACUACAGUAACAAAGCAGCUCGGUAUACAUGAAGUGCUCAACACCAGUGCCGGUAGACUAUCAGGUGGAGAGCGAAAGAGAUUAAUUAUAGCCUGCGAGUUGCUCACAGACCCUACCAUCAUGCUGCUGGAUGAGCCUACUAGUGGAUUAGAUGCUGUCUCAUCCCUUUCCGUGGCUCGAGCUCUUCACACAGUAGCCCGCAGUGGAAGAACCAUAGCAUGCGUUCUCCAUCAACCUUCAUCACAACUCUUCAACAUUGCUGAUGACGUCAUAGUGUUGGCUAAUGGCAGGACGUUGUACGCAGGAGCUAUCGCUGACAUUCCCAGUGCAUUGACUAGAGCCGGCUUUAUGUGUCCACAGUAUUAUAAUAUAGCUGAUUAUUUGUUAGAAGUAGCAAGCAACGAGCACCCUGGUGACAUGAAUCUCUUGGAACACGAAGCCAACAGCUACGCUCACGAGAUGAGCAAGAUUGCUAAGAGUGAAAUUUGCAAUGGAAAAGGAACAGAUUUAUCACCGGAAUCGGUAGCACUCCUCAAUCCCAGCCCUACGCCAUCGAAGGGGUACGCCGCCAGCGUAUGUCAGCAGCUGAGUGCACUUCUAUGGAGAUGUUAUAUAGGAGUGGUCAGAGAUGUUUACUUGACACAGAUUCGUUUAGUAUGUCACUUCGUCGUGGCGUUACUUCUGGGUGCGCUAUACCAUGGCGCCGGCGCAGACGCGGGCCGAAUGAUGUCAAACACUGGAUGUCUGUUCUUCUUCCUGCUGUUCCUCUUCUUCUCGAAUGCAAUGCCUACUAUUCAUACAUUCCCCGUGGAAGCCAAAGUCGUCCUGCAUGAACACUUGAAUAAGUGGUACUCCUUGCCAGCGUACUGUGCUUCUAAAAUCAUUGUGGACUUACCUAUACAAUUACUAUGUGCGACAGUAUUCCUAUUUCCGGCCUGGUAUUUGACUUCACAACCUCUGGAACCUGAACGCAUGGCGUUAGCAUGGCUCACGUGUGCCCUAGUCACUAUACUAGCUCAGACCUUUGGAUUCGUUGUGGGCGCGUCAUGUGGAAUGAAGCUGGGACUGUUUGUGAUUCCAGCAGCCAACAUUCCAAUGCUGAUGUUCUCAGAGUUCUUCAUUCCAUAUCGUGAGAUGCCGGUAUACCUUCGACCGUUCGCCACAAUCUCCUACUUCCGAUACGCUUUUGACGCUUUCCUAGAAACCGUGUAUGGCAUGGGUAGAGAAAAACUGCCCUGUCAUGAAGUAUUUUGCAUGUUCAAGAAUCCCGUCAAACAUCUAGAAUUCCUAGGUCUCUCUAGGAACCUACAUGCGGAUUAUUUAGCUUUAGUCCUAUGGAUAGUGAUGUUACAAAUAGCUUUAGUGGUUGUUUUACUACUACGGGUAUAUAAGGCUUGUAGAUAGGAGAUAAAUUGCUGUUACUUAGCCUAGGUAUAUAUUUCAAGGUUUACUUGCAAAUCUCAUCGUGAAAGAACGGUUUUACUGUUCUAAAAUGUUGUAAAAUGUCACAUAAUGGAGGUUUUAUGUAUUUAAUAACGUAUAACGACCGAAAGAAUAACUAAUUUUAAUUACUGGGUUCUGUUUUGACAUAGAAACUCCGUACAACAAUUGUUAAAAAUCGAGCUUCAUUUUGAAUUGAGAUUUAAGAUAGUUCAUAAAUUUUUGUCCUAGGAUGACCUGUCUACUUUGAUUCUCUCUAUAAUCUCUCAAACAGAGCUCGCUAUGAACAACAAAUAAUACUUAUGUCGAUCUGAUAAGAGUAGAGUACUUAUAGGUACAAACAUAGAUAGGAUAGGUAAGAAAUUAUGUCAAUUUUAUUACUUUUUAAGAAUGUUGGAUAGAGAGUGGGGUAAAUAAUUGGUUACUUUCCUUGGUCAAAUAUUUCGACUGUUCAAUACAAUUAAAAAUUAAAAAAUAAUCACACUUUCAUUAAUUGAUUUUAUGGCCAACUUAAUUUGAGUAUUCUUCCAGCCAUUUUUUAAGAAAUAAGUAUACUGUUUGACGCUAAAAAAACGUGACGUCACGUCAUGUCAUCUCGUACAA